AUGGUUUGUGAAUGUACAUUAAUAUCGCUUGGAUGGGUUCUCUUAUUGUAUUUGCUUUGUCGUUUGGCCACAGUUCUUUAUAAUCUCAUUUAUCCGUUCUUUCUUGCAACUCCAAUCAAUGUACAUAAAGCUGCUGGUGCUAAAUGGGCAGUUAUUACCGGCAGUACUGAUGGAAUAGGAAAAGCUUAUGCUUUCGAAUUGGCAAAACGUGGUUUCUCUACUAUUUUGAUAUCGCGUAGUCAAAGCAAGCUGAAUGCAGUAAUGGAAGAACUUAAAAAAGAAUGUGGAGUCGAGGUUAGAACUAUUGCAUUUGAUUUCGCCAGUGGAAGUGUCGAUGAAUAUGAAAAGACAGUACUGUCGAUGCUGAGAGAGUUAGAUAUCGGCAUAUUGGUCAACAACGUUGGUGUAAGCUUCAGUUACCCGGAAGUUAUCCAUAAGGCAGAAGGUGGCCUCCAAAGACUUGCAGAUGUUGAUAUUGUCAAUACUCUUCCUGUAACUCUGUUGUCUGCUGCAAUAUUACCUCAAAUGGUUCAGCGUAAUAAUGGCAUCAUUAUCAACAUAUCUUCUGCUACUGCAUAUAGUCCACUUACUUUACUCAGUGUAUAUUCAGCAUCAAAGAAAUAUGUCAGUUGGUUUUCAAAUAUUUUGCAAAAGGAAUACGCACAAACGAAUAUAAUCAUCCAAACCGUAUGCCCCAUGCUUGUUACUACUAAAAUGUCCAAGGUUUCGCGUGCAUCAUUCUUUUUUGUAACAGCUGAAGAUUUCGCGAAAAGUGCAAUUCAGACGAUUGGAAUCAUGAAUGAAACAACCGGUUGUUUUCCCCAUCAGUUGCAAGUUGAAAUUAUAAAAAGCUUGCCAGAAUGGAUCGUUGUGCCGUACUUGAGUAGGAAAAGUAAACUUGUUCGCAAGAAAGCACUUGCAAAAAAGGUACGCGAGAUGAAGGCUACUUCAUGA